AUGGAGACCGCGACGGAGCCUCCUUCCGUUCCAGCUUCCGAUGCCGCCGGCGGUGGCCGCUCUUCCCCUUCAACGGAAGCCACACCGUCCCCAACUCUACCCAGAACGCGCCCCGCCACCGCAGAAAACUUUGAAGACCUCAUUGUGGAGUCCCAAGAUGAAGCCUCCGACCCGGCCCUGCCACUUACCGUUAAUCCCGCCGACGAACAACCCGCCCCGCCGCGGAAGCGGCGCCGCCGGAAGCGAUUCUUCACGGAGCUCAACACCGCCAACCCUUCUCGGUACCGUUUACCGGGAGGCCGAUCCAAGGAACUCGACGUCGAAGCCUUAAUUGCAAUCUCGGUAGGGUUCCCCGCCGAUUCCCUCACGGAGGAAGAAAUCGAAGCCAAUGUCGUCUCCAGAAUCGGAGGCGCCGAGCAAUCCAACUACGUGAUCGUUCGCAACCACAUCUUAGCUCGCUGGAGGUCCAAUGUCUCCGAGUGGCUGACUCGCGAGCAAGCUCGCGAGUCCAUUCGGACGGAACACCGAAACCUAGUCGAUUCCGCUUACGAUUUCUUGCUCGAACACGGCUACAUCAAUUUCGGAGUCUCCCCCGCCAUUACAGAAGCUCAGUCGAAGCUGAACCCGGGAAAAGAAAUCGCGAAUGUCAUCAUUGUGGGGGCCGGAUUCGCCGGUUUAGUUGCGGCAAGGCAACUCACAGCCAUGGGAUUCAAAGUCGUGAUCUUAGAAGCCCGAUCUCGACCCGGCGGCCGAGUCAAGACUAUGAAAUUAAAGGGCGAUGGAGUGGAAGCAUCGGCUGAUGUUGGCGGGAGUGUAAUCACAGGGAUAAACGGCAACCCACUGGGAGUUCUCGCAAGGCAAUUGGGGCUUCCACUUCACAAGGUAAGAGACAUUUGCCCUUUGUAUCUACCAAAUGGAAAGCCUGUGAAUCCCGAGAUAGACACCAAAGUGGAAGCUUCUUUCAACAAGUUGCUAGAUAGGGUCUGUAAGCUUAGACAAGCCAUGAUAGACGAAGUGAAAUCAGCUGAUGUUAACUUGGGAACAGCAUUAGAAGCAUUUAGGCAUGCUUAUAAGGUGGCUGAGGAUCACGAGGAACGAAUGCUGUUGAACUGGCACCUAGCAAAUCUCGAAUAUGCAAAUGCUUCGUUGAUGUCGAACUUAUCAAUGGCCUAUUGGGAUCAGGAUGAUCCGUACGAGAUGGGUGGUGACCACUGCUUCAUUCCAGGUGGAAAUGAGACGUUCAUUAAGGAACUUGCAAAAGGCCUUCCGAUUUUCUAUAACCGGGUGGUGGAGAGCAUUCGAUAUGGUGCUGAUGGUGCCCUUGUCUAUAGCAAUGGCCAAGAAUUUCGUGGUGACAUGGUACUAUGCACGGUUCCAUUAGGCGUGCUGAAAAAGGGCAGAAUCGAGUUUGUGCCCGAGCUUCCGCAGAGGAAGAAGGAUGCUAUUCAGAGGCUAGGGUUCGGGAUGUUGAAUAAAGUGGCCUUGUUGUUUCCUCACGAUUUCUGGGGAGGAGAGAUCGAUACAUUCGGCCAUUUGACCGAAGAUUCCGCCAUGAGAGGUGAGUUUUUCCUAAUCUACAGCUAUUCAUCGGUUUCGGGUGGUCCACUCUUGAUAGCACUUGUUGCUGGUGAUGCUGCGGUUCAGUUCGAGACCAUGUCACCAGUGCAAUCGGUCAGAAAGGUGAUGGGAAUUUUAAGGGGGAUCUUCCACCCCAAAGGGAUUGUGGUUCCUGAUCCAGUUCAAUCGGUUUGUACUCGAUGGGGUCAAGAUUGCUUCAGUCACGGGGUGUAUUCCUACGUGGCGGUUGGAUCGUCUGGGGACGAUUACGAUGUGUUAGCUGAGAGUGUUGGAGAUGGAAGAGUGUUUUUUGCAGGGGAAGCGACUAAUAAACAGUAUCCUGCAACUAUGCAUGGAGCUUUCUUGAGUGGGAUGAGAGAGGCUGCCAACAUACUCAGAGUCGCCAAGAAGCGAUCUUUGGCUCAAACUACCAAACCUAUUGAAGAACUCUGUGGUGCCAACGAGCUGGAUGAGCUAUACGAGAAGCCUGAUCUUCUUUUUGGUGGGUUCUCAGUUUUGUUUGAUCCUAGGUCGAGCAACGAUGACCAUGAUUCGAGAUGUUUGUUGAGGGUCAAGAUCACGGGAGGAGAAUCGGGGGUUGAUUCGGUUAGUUUGUAUGGGCUGGUUUCGAGGGGGCAGGCGAUUGAGCUGAGUGAGAUUGAUGGUGGUGAUGAUGGUAAGAAGCGGCUGGAAACGUUGAGCGACAAGUUUGGAGUUCGGUUAGUUGGGAGGAAAGGGUUGCCUAAUGAGGGAGAGUCUCUUAUUGCAGAGAUCAAGGCAGCAAGAUCUGAAAUGGAUGUAGGAAAUUGA